UUAGGCAAUCAUGCUUUGGCAUGAUGCUGGAUGUACAUGACAUCAGUUGUUCUUCACAACUGAUACACCAGCUUCUACUACGUCAAAUUGUUUCUCCCCAGGGUGAUUUUGGAGAAAGAUUGCAUUUCAAUAUUGGUGGAAAGAAGUGCACAUUUGGUAUUGAAGAUUUUGCGAUUAUCACCGGACUAUUAUGUACAGAAUCUGUGCCCGAUGUGUCAAGUCUGGUUGAUACAUCUGUUAAUAGGCUAAAAUCCCUUUAUUUUGAAGAAAAAUGUGGAAAGGGCAAGGGUAAGGGGAAGGAGACCAAUGUAAGCAGAGCUGAGCUGGAAGAGGCAUUCGAUAAAUGUGAUAAUGCUCAUGAUGCUUUGAAGUUAGCUUUGGUGUAUUUUGUUGAGUCUGUAUUGAUGCCUAGAGAGAGAAGAAAUGCCAUUAAUAUUAAGUGGCUCCAACUUGUGGAUGAUUUGGAUGCCUUCAACCAAUAUCCAUGGGGAAGCGUUUGCUACGAACGUACUGCUACCUCUCUUGCAUGUGCCAUGAUUGGAAGGGCUGAAAAAUACUUGAGUAAGGGUAAGGCAAAGGAGACAUACAGCCUUUAUGGAAUGCCAAUAGUACUCCAGAUUUGGGCGUAUGAAAUUGUACCCAUUAUAGCCCAGAGGUAUGCCACCAAAUGUGGUGAAACACACCCCAGAAUACUCAAGUACUCAGGGAAUCAAACCCCUACUUCAGAUGACAUCGUGUCAGAUGUAUUUGAACUGAUAAAGGUUAGUGAAGUUAAAAUGUUUAAUAAAAUUUGUUGUUCGGGUAGUUUUAGUCUUAUGUUCGAGUAUUUGUAGUUUUAUAGUUGAGUAUUUAUAGUAACA